AUGUUCAGGACCAGCAUAAGAGCGACACAUACCCGAGCACAGACAUUCUUCUCACCGACACCCGAGUAUGUCAGCUCACACCUGGCCAAGACGACCGAUCCCUCCAUCUUCCUCCUCUCCACUUCCCUGCAACACCUACCUCAACACCUUCCAGUAAUACAGAACCAUCUGCCCAACUCGAUCGGAUCGUUCUCGAUAACACCACCAGGGCAUGAAUCGACUUUGUCCAUAGCUACUUUCUUCGACGAUGCACGUAUAUUCCGAAGCGAUUUGACGGGCCGACCUCCCGCCGAAGUAGGUCGAUUUCAGCGACCAUCAAGUCAGCGGUCACAGAGAGAGGAAGAUCUGAAAGGAACUGGCCAAGGGCAAGCGGAAGCUCUGUUGGCUGGUGAGGGAUGGGCAGGGAUGUGGAAGGGCGAAGCGAGUCAACAGCGUAUAGCAGAGCUGGAGGGAGUCACAGCGGAAAGCUUCCUACUUCUCACCGAUGGAAGGCCAGGACCGGUCCUCAAAGCGUUAGAUGCGAUGUACCCUGCUGCUUCCAAAGUAGGCAUACUCACUGCCGCUACACCUUUCAUAACGAACAGACCUUACACUCUGCUUUAUAAUGGAAAUAUAUAUCCUUCGGGAUCCCUGGGACUAGCAAUCAAGUCACGUCCCAAGGUCGACCUCAGCUUCGGUCUCACUCCGAUGACGGAGCCAGCCGUGAUAUCAGGUGCCCAAGGGAACAUGCUGUUAUCCAUCGAGGGGACCAACUCAAACCCUACGCAGGUGCUCAUCGCUGCGAUACAGAAAAGAGGCGGGAGCGGUAUAACGAAAGAGGAAGACUUUUAUCUGGGUAUAUUGGAGAAUGGUGAAGUACAACAAGUGGUCAAGAUUUUAAGUGGAGAUCCAAGUCGAGGAGCUAUGUCUUUGGAUAUGGAAGAUUCAUUGUUAGCUGGUCAAACCAUACAACCCAAAUCGGACACCAUCAAAUUUUCCGCACUUGGUCGUUCUGACGAAGAGGGUGAGGUGCUAGUUGGAUCACCCCGAGUAGUUGAUGGUUUCCUAGGACUGAGUGAAGGAGGUUUCAUCUUUUCAAACCCGAUUUCAUCGAUAUGUACUGCACCUGGAGCGGUGAUCACGGCCUCGUGGUAA